AAAGCUAUAAAUGUGCGUUGGUCACAAUUCAGCGUCAAAGAUGGGUAGACCGCGCGUUUCGAUACACUUGCUCAAAAUUAUUACGGCGGUUCUUAUAGCAGCUGUCGGAUGCCUGGCCAACGACCCUGCCUUAGAUAAAUCAAGUGACGGACCGCCAUCCUGUCCACAAGAAAUGUGCGUGUUUCUGUUUGACAGACUCGAGGAACAGUCAAUUCGUUUGCGUAACAUCGAAGAUGCUCUGUUACGUGCCGUAUCGAUACUUGCAUCGGCCGAGGACCAGGAAUUUUCUGCAACAAGUGCCGCCCUGAAAUCUGAUACUCUGCUGAAUUCUUUGUUGACUGCAGAUGCCUACGAUUCAGUCGACCCUAUCGUUUUAUUUUCAGAUCAGGUGUCCAAUUCUCUGGAAUCUCCAGUAAAAGGCCGAAAAAAACGGCAGAUUGAAAAGCAGCAAUUGUCACCAAAGGAAAGAUUGGUUGAAGUUUUGAAAUGGGCUAAGAAAAGCGGUCCUAGUACCACGCGAAUCCCAACUGCUGAUACAAUGGAAUUACUCGCUGGAUUUAAAACGCCACCACCACCAAUUGUGAAACUCGAACAGGGUGCCGAUCUAGAGCAUGCAUCCGAUGCAGCUGCCUCUGUAAUUUCACGCUCUGUGACGGGGAGGGCAAGCGUCUUUAACACCUCAAGUUCUAAUCAACGUACAACGGACGCUCUAGUAGUAUCUACGACCUCGCGAUCAGCGACCCCACGCAUCACAAUCUCACCCACUGCGAAUCUUCGGGCUACAUCUCUACCAAUUCUGACAACUGCCGCGGAUAUUAGUACAUCAACAGCACGGACCACGCCCACUACAGUUUUGCCAGAUAUGGACCAGCCAGCGACACAAAGAUUCGUCAGUGAAGCCGUUAAUGAUCUCCAGGGCGCAAUAAAGUGCGUGUUAGCACAACUGAAUAGUAACAAUAUUUCAGAGCCUACUGGCAUCCUACUUGACCCCGAAGCGAUAUUGAACGAGAAUGGAACGUUGAGUGUGCAGUUCGAAUUGAGGAGUUGUCAAAAGUAUUGGCAAGCCGUGUGGAUUCGAAUUUCUCUUCGAAACGAAUUUACGAUCCUACGACACACGAAGAGUUUUAAACAAAUGGAUAGUCAUCUUACCGUUCGGAUACCUAAGGAGUGCCUGAAGAAAUCGGGAAAUGUCUUUUCGUUUAAUUUGCCAUCGUCUUCUAAAGGGCCUUGCUCGUUUCCCUUGGCUAGUCUGGUGGAGUGCAAAGUUUACACGAUCGAAAUCAUACCAAUCUACUUAACACUUCUUGGUCAACCAUCUGUCGUCGAGAUCACAGUUCUGCCACGCUUGACAGGAAAUACCACUGAUCUAGUUUCUUUGGAACAGGUUUUCACACCUAGUUCCACCAACAUACUUACAUUAAAAUGGAGCGUCCGGUCCGAGGAUUGCGCUCAGUUGAUGACAUCAGUUAAUUUACGAAUUUAUGAGGAUGAAUCGGAUAGUCUACUACGUUCGCUCAUCGUUCCGAGUGAUUGCAUCGAAAAUGCCUAUAAAAAUUCGUUUUCAACCACACUUUCUUUCUUUGGCAAUGAAACGAACUCGAACUCCUGCAGAAGUAUAGUAUGGGAGCCACUCGAUAUGUGCCAAAAAUAUAAAUUGGAAAUUGAGCCUGAAUAUGCUUAUUUGCAAAAAGGAAGUUCAUCUUCUCUCGAGAUUUUUACAUCAGGAGUAGUUGGUUUUAUUUGCUGCAACAUACUCACUUCAGCUUCCGGUACUUUACGUUCUGUCGAUUAUGAUGGCUGCUACGGCGGUUCCACAUGGCUUAUAGUGGUAGAGAAAAAUGCUACUAUUUGGCUGACUUUUGAUGCUUACCUUAUCGAAAGUCACUAUCGUCUAAAGGUGUACGAUGGGCCUUAUUCCACUAGUCCUGUGCUGGUUGAACAUAGUGGUUUCCAACCACCACAUUCGAUGCGAUCACGAAGCAACAAGCUUUUCAUUCAAUUGAUUCCUCAACAUCAGUACUAUAACUACCCACAAGGAAAACUCUUCACGGCACAUUACAUUAGUGUUAAAAAUACUGGAACUCCAUUCGUUGCUGGAUGCGGAGGAUACAUACAUAAGAAUGCAAGAGAAAUAUUUAAACCUGCUUAUCCACCGAUUGACAGAAGUACCUCCGAGUGCAUGUGGUACAUUGAGAGUGUUGCGUCAACAAGCAGCACAUUAAUAACUAGUGCCUCAGGAGGGAUCAUUCCUUUCCCUAUCAUUGUUUAUGAUGGCUGGUCGGAAAAUGGUGCCUUGGUUUAUAAUGGCUCUUCAAGGGCCUCUGUUUAUUCGUACGGAAGAAAGACGCUCGUGAAAUUUCCAGCAUGGAAUUCUCUAGAGAGGGAAAGAGAAUAUUCCUGGAACAUUUUAAAUAUGUCUCCCAUGGAAGAAUGCUCAGAUAAUCUUACUAGCCCUAGUGAUACAUUUUCCAGCCACAAGGAUAAUACCGAUUGGUAUUCGUCUUUAAUGGAUUGCCGUUGGACUAUUCGUGUUGACAAUUCUUCUCAGAUCCGAUUGACGUUCGUUUACUUCGAUAUUAAAAGAGACCACGAUUUUGUGACGAUCUAUGAUGGACCGACACUCAACUCAUCACUCCUUGUAGAACUGUCAGGUCGAAAAUCCAAGCCAGUGUCGUUUACUAGCAAAAGUAACCAACUGCUUGUUCGAUUUACAACUAAUGCAGUUAGCAACGAUGCGGUGAAACACAAAGGUUUCUUAGCAUUUUAUACAACAGUUCCAUGUGAGGCUGAAGGGCAUAAUAUAAUCGAUACGAUGGAAAAUGUUCUGGCUAAACCUCCAGGAGAACUGGAGAGUGUAAAUCAACAUAAACCCCCUACUUCGUCAACAACCGAGGCUUGGAAUAAUAUUUCUCAAACACAAAACAGUUUUACGACAUUGAAAUGGAGAGGAACCCGGCGACGAAGAUGAUUAUUGUGAAGUCAAUAAGUUUUUCAUUUACUUCCCUCCAUACUUUGGAUGCUUAAUUCUUCUAUGUCCGAAGGAAGGGCGGAGUUAUAACUGUUGAGAGAAGUCUAUCUAAUAAACUAACAAGGUUUAUACCAAAA